CAAAGCAGCCUCACCCUGGCUUAAGCCAAUCAUCUUUCGGAUUAGAGGGUUUAACUCUUCUUUAAAAAGAAGAACCUUUGAAUUGUAACGGCUGAGCUCUAAGGAGGACUCGGCGGCCCGGGGUCGGAGGCGUGAUCCUGCUGGCAUCAUGGACAGAUCUAAAGAAAACUGUGUUUCAGGGCCCGUUAAGGCUACAGUUCCACAUGGUGAAGGUCCAAAACGUGUUCUGGUCACUCAGCAUAUUCCUUCUCAGAACCCAUUGUCUACAAGCAGUGGCCAGGCUCAGCGGAUCUUGUGUCCUUCAAAUUCUUCCCAGCGUGUUCCUUUGCAUGCACAAAAGCUCGUCUCUAGUCAGAAACUGGGACAGAAGCAAUUGCAGGCAGCCAGUAUACCUCGUCCUGUCUCCCGGCCAGUGAACAACACCCAGAAGAGUGAGCAGUCCCAGCCAUCAGGGCCUGGAAAUAAUCCUGAAAGGGAACUGGCAUCAAAACAGAAAAAUGAAGACUCAAAGAAAAGGCAAUGGACUUUGGAAGAUUUUGACAUUGGUCGCCCACUGGGUAAAGGAAAGUUUGGCAAUGUUUAUUUGGCAAGAGAAAAACAAAGCAAGUUUAUUCUGGCUCUUAAAGUGUUAUUUAAAGCUCAGCUGGAGAAAGCAGGAGUGGAGCAUCAGCUCAGAAGAGAAGUAGAGAUCCAGUCCCACCUCCGGCAUCCUAAUAUUCUCAGGCUGUAUGGCUAUUUUCAUGAUGCCACCAGAGUUUACCUAAUUCUAGAGUAUGCACCGCUUGGAACGGUCUAUAGAGAACUUCAGAAACUUUCCAAGUUUGAUGAGCAGAGAACUGCUACUUACAUUACUGAAUUAGCAAACGCCCUAUCUUACUGCCAUUCAAAGAGAGUUAUUCAUAGAGACAUUAAGCCAGAGAACCUGCUUCUUGGAUCAACUGGAGAGCUCAAGAUUGCAGAUUUUGGGUGGUCAGUACAUGCUCCAUCCUCCAGGUAUGUAACAUUAUAGAGGUGGAAGUUGUUUAGCAGAAGUUCUGGGGGCUGAUCAUAUACUAAGUGCAAAAAUCUCUAAAAAUAUUUUGUUAAGUUGGGGCAAGUGACCAACCCAGAAAUAAUUUAGAUCUGAUAAUAGAUGCUGUCUUUAAGAAAACUUUAUUCUGUAGCCAGGUAGGGCUAUAUAUGGCACUCUGGGCCCACUGUUAAGGAUGCUGAAUGUCUUUAGAGACUAAUGAAGAGGAUGGACAAGUCAACAUGUGACAAGUCUAAGCAAGAUGCAGAUGUGUAGAGAAAAGUCCACCUUAAUGGUGGGAAGGAGAUGCUGUUGCUUCCCAGAUAAGGAGACAAGGAAAGUUCCAGAGACAGCAGUACAGAGAUCUACAGCUGAAAGUACAGUUUUUUGGGGAACUUUGAAAACCAAAUUGGUUUGGCUGGAUGACUGAGGAUGGUGAUAAAAGAGUCUGUUUGCUUUUUGUCAGCAGGAGGAACAGUCCUUUCUUUAACCCCCUUAAAAAUGAACAGAGACAUCAUCUAAUGAAACAAUUGGGCCUUAGGUGAACCUGCCCAACAAGAGCAGGUUUUAAAUUGAUUUGGGUUAAAAUAAGCUUUGAUGCCUGGUGUUGAGUGGGACAUUGUAAAGUGUACAUCUACUGUUCAGGCUUGUCAGCUUUGAGGGAGGACUUUAAAAGUCAUCAAGUGGUAGUUAUUAAGAUAAAGUUAGUUAAAAGAAAUUGUGUAGCCUAAAAUAGACAACAUGGGGUGAGGUCUUAAUAGGUCAUUUCUGUUGUCUGCCAUAUGUUAAAUCUGUUGUUAUGGUCUCUUAGAAUUGUAGUUUCAUGGGGCUGCAGGGUUUAGCUUGACCUUAAUGUGUCCAGUGGUGUCACCAUGACAGAAAAUACAAGACUUAUUUUUUCUGAAGAGAUAAUUUAUAUAAAUGUUGAUGGCCACGUCACCCUGCAUCCUGAAUGUUAAUAACUAUAACAGUUUCCUGGUUAUUGUGGACCACUGUGUGAGAGCCCCUGAUGUAGUCUCAGUGGGGGUGAGAGCUUGGACAUUUGCACAGGUAGCUGCAUACCUGUUUCACUGAAUGUACAUUUGUGUGCUCACAAGACACCAGGCAAGGCUGAGCGCAGCUCAAAGCAACAGGAACCUCCAUAGUCUGCCCCCGGCUGGAUGUCUGUCACCCCUAGCUUAUUCCUAACCUUGUUAUGAAAUGGCAGAGUUGGUAGUGGACAGCAUGCUGGUCUGCCCAGUGCCUCCAUUCAGCAGGUCUUAAUAC